UGAAAGAGACAGCACUGAUAGCUGCAGAGUGCAGUCAGGGGAGAAGGUGGCAGCACUGGCAGAAGCAGAGAUUAGAAAAGGGAGAAAGUGACAGCAUUUACAGCAGCAGAGAGUGGACAGGAGAAGUUGACAGCAGCAGAGUGCAUAGGAGAGUGACAGCACUGACAGCAGUGAGUUGACACUGGAGUAGGUGACAGUAAUGACAGCAGCAGAGAAUAGACAGUGGAGAAAGUGACAGUACUGGCAGCAAAAGAGAGCAGAUGGGGGAAGGCAACAGCACUGACUGGACUAGAGAUUAGAAAAGGGAGAAAGUGACAUCAUAUACAGCAGCAGAGAGUGGACAGGAGACGGUGACAGCAGCAGCAGAGAGUGCAGAUGUGAAAGAGACAGCACUGAUAGCUGCAGAGUGCAGUCAGGGGAGAAGGUGGCAGCACUGGCAGAAGCAGAGAUUAGAAAAGGGAGAAAGUGACAGCAUUUACAGCAGCAGAGAGUGGACAGGAGAAGUUGACAGCAGCAGAGUGCAUAGGGGUUAAAGAGACAGCACUGACAGCAGACAGGGAAGAAGGUGACAGCACUGACAGGAGCAAAGAUUAGAAAAGGAAGAAAGUGACGGCACUUAACAGCAGGAGAGAGCGGAUAGGAGAAGGUGACCGCACUGAUAAUAGUGAUCCUGUAUCCAGAGCGCACAGACACUUGCAAUCUCUGUGGUCAGCGGAGUUGGAAUGGAGUGCAGCAACAUUAGCACCAGCACAGGAGAUAUAUUCCAGGCAGCCAGGGACUGUGACUUCAAGAAAUGCCAGCAGAUCAUUGAAGAGGAAGGACCUUCAGUAUUGGGAACUUAUGAUGAAAAGGGACACACACCCGUGCAUUGGGCGGCUCUUACAGGAUCUGUACAACUUAUGGGGCUUUUUGUGGAUUGUAAAGGACCAGUGGAUCUACCAAGCCAGGCUGAGUCUGGGCAGCGGCCCAUCCAUUGGGCUUCAGUUAAUGGUUGCAUUGCUGUGGUAGACAUCCUUGUGAAAGCAGGAGUUUCAUUAGAUGUAGAAGAUCAGAAAGGCUGUACACCAUUGAUCACUGCUGCCCAAUACGGACAAACAGCCCUUUGUUGUUACCUCAUUGGGAAAGGUGCCAAAAUACAUAUGUGUGACUUUGAAGGAGACACGGCAUUGCACUGGGCAGCUUUCAAGGGUCACUGUGAACUGUCUCACCUCCUAAUAUACUCAGGUUGCAACCCAAGGCAGACAGACAACUUUGGUCAGACCCCCUUACAUUUAGCAGUAUUAAGUGGAAACCUCCCUACUGUGCAGCUGCUAUGUGGACAAGAUGAAGUUGAUUUAGAAGGUGAAGACAACAACAGAAACACCCCCUUACGCCUGGCUAAGGGACGGAAAGCAAAUGAUAUUGUCUCCUUUCUAAAUAGGACUAUAAUACAUUCAAAAAAUCUUCAUGCUAAGUGUGACUGGAGAACAUGGAUAUUUGGUCGUCCAGGCAAAUCAAAAGGGCCCAUACUAUUCUUUUAUGGUAAUCUAUUCCUGUGGGGUUACCCAACUUACUUUUUUAAGAUUGUGCCUGUCUCAUACAAUGCACUCUGGGAAUGGCAUAUCACAUUCCUGCUCUGCAAUAUAUUCAUGUGGACCUUUUUCUUAAAAGCAUCCCUGAUGGACCCUGGCUUCCUUCCUCAAGAUACAGAAGAAUAUAACUGUGCUGUCAGGCAGGCUAUCAAUUUUUAUGACUGGAAAAAUGGCAAAAAAAACCUAAACAGACUUUGCCACACUUGUCACCUUGUGAAGCCACUGCGCUCUAAGCAUUGUCGGGUCACAAACCGCUGCGUGUCACAUUUCGAUCACUAUUGUCCUUAUGUCUAUAAUGAUGUUGGACGCAAUAAUAGAGUGUUCUUCGUGGGUUUCCUAGUAAACAUGUGCAUCAACUGUCUCAUCGCUGUCUACCUAUGUUGGAACUGGUUUAACGUUGAAGGCCGGAGCCUGUUAAUUGGAAUGGGGUUUCUGUUCCUUUCCAUUAUCGGAUUUAUUUCUGCUAUGAUGACUGGGAUGUCUGUUUAUAUGGCAGCUGUGAACAUAACAACAAAUGAAAGGAUGAAUGUGAAAAAGUACACUUACCUUAUGGAUGAGAGGGGAAAGUUUUACAACCCAUUUAACAGGGGACUUUUCUUGAACCUCCUGGAGUUUGUCCAUUUCAUUCCACCACUUUCUGAAGACAAAAUUAAGAGGAAGGAAGUGAAUGAAAUCUAAGCUCAGUGUUGUUAAGAUCUUCCAAUGUUUACAGGAUUUUAUUUAUAUGCUAUUUAUGCAGAUAUAUUUUUAUUGUAUUUUUCAAAUUAAUAAAUUUAAU